AGUAGAAGCUUCGAGAAUUCACCAGCCAAUUCCACCCAAUUCACAAUAACCGCCUCGACCAAUAGGACUCCACCGUUCCGAGGGGAGGGGUUUAACGAUGCCCGGCUGUUCCCUGCGAAUGGUAGAUCGGGGAGCGGCAUGUUGAUUGACGUUUGUGCAGUCCAAUCAACGGCGUUCAUCUUAAGUCGUCCACGAAUAGCGGGCGUCUUACUGGGCGGGCUCGGAACUGUCAUCUUCUAGUAGGUUCGAGAAGACGCGUGGAGAGGCCGGGAUACAGUGCGGCUAUGGAGACGGCUAAUGAAUUAAAAGAGAAGGGCAACAAAGCUCUUUCAGCUGGGGAUCUAGAAGAAGCAGUGCGAUGCUACACAGAAGCCAUCAAACUUGACCCCAAGAACCACGUGCUGUAUAGUAAUCGCUCAGCAGCCUACGCCAAAAAGAGGGAAUAUGCCAAAGCCCUAGAAGAUGGCUCCAAAACGGUUGAGCUGAAGCCAGACUGGGGAAAGGGAUAUUCACGAAAAGCUGCAGCAUUGGAAUUCCUUAAUCGCUUUGAGGAAGCCAAGAAAACCUAUGAGGAAGGUUUAAGACAUGAGCCAACAAAUGCCCAGCUUAAAGAGGGCCUGCAAAAUAUGGAGGCAAGGCUAGCAGAGAGAAAGUUCAUGAAUCCGUUCAACUCCCCUAACUUAUUCCAGAAACUAGAGUCUGACCCUCGUACACGAGCCCUCCUUAAUGAUCCAAGCUACAAAGAGCUUAUAGAACAACUAAGAAACAAACCAUCUGAUCUUGGCACGAAGCUGCAAGAUCCAAGGGUCAUGACAACACUUAGUGUAUUACUUGGAGUGGAUCUUGGCAGCGUUGAUGAUGAGGAAGAGGAACCUCCCGCACCACCUCCCCCUCAGCCUAAGAAAGAAACGAAGCCAGAGCCAAUGGAAGAAGACCUCCCAGAAAACAAAAAACAGGCUCAAAAACAGAAGGAGCUUGGCAAUGAAGCCUACAAGAAGAAAGAUUUUGAAACGGCACUAAAGCACUAUGCUCAAGCCCGGGAACUUGACUCUACUAACAUGACUUAUAUUACGAAUCAGGCAGCUGUAUACUUUGAACAAGGGGAUUAUACUAGGUGCAGAGAGCUGUGCGAAACAGCUAUUGAAGUAGGAAGAGAAAAUCGUGAAGACUAUAGACAAAUAGCCAAAGCUUAUGCUCGUAUUGGAAACUCCUAUUAUAAAGAAGAAAAGUACAAGGAAGCAAUUCAGUUUUUCAACAAAUCUCUGGCAGAGCACAGAACACCAGAAGUUCUCAAGAAAUGUCAGCAGGCAGAGAAAAUUCUGAAAGACCAGGAACGCCUAGCAUAUAUAAAUCCAGAGCUAGCUCUGGAGGAGAAGAGUAAAGGCAACGAAGCCUUCCAAAAAGGAGAUUACCCACUAGCAGUAAAGCAUUACACAGAGGCAAUAAAGAGGAAUCCAAAAGAUGCCAAACUGUACAGCAACCGUGCAGCAUGCUACACAAAGCUUCUGGAGUUUCAGCUUGCACUAAAGGACUGUGAAGAAUGUAUUCAACUAGAACCUACAUUUAUUAAAGGAUUUACUCGCAAAGCUGCGGCACUUGAAGCAAUGAAAGAUUUUACUAAAGCUAUGGAUGUCUAUCAAAAGGCACUUGAACUGGACUCUGCAUGCAAGGAAGCAAGUGAGGGUUAUCAAAGGUGUAUGAUGUCACAGUAUCACCGAAAUGACAGUCCUGAGGAUGUAAAGCGUAGAGCUAUGGCAGAUCCAGAAGUGCAGCAGAUAAUGAGUGAUCCCGCAAUGCGACUUAUAUUAGAACAGAUGCAAAAAGAUCCUCAAGCACUGAGCGAACAUUUAAAGAACCCAGUUAUUGCCCAGAAAAUCCAGAAACUGAUGGAUGUUGGAUUGAUUGCUAUUCGGUGAUGAGUUCCUUGCUCCUUCUUUCUCUGCAAUGUUGGUUUCCUGUUUUCCUUCUAUUGCUCCUUUAUUGCUCUUCACUUGUGAGGACGCGGCUGAGAGCUAAUGGACAUUCUGAAAAGAUCUCUGUUGUUUCAGCAAAGUAUAGGGAAGAGAUCCAUGCGCCGGACACUCUUGUAUUGCGCUGUUGUUCUGUCAAUCUCUCCCAGUUAAGUUUAUUGAUCUGUAAUAAUGUUAAUAAAGAGAAGCAUGUGACACGA